AGUGAGUCACUAAAUCAAACGACGUUAAUCCUUCCGUACGCAAAGGCAUGCCUCCAAAGUAGAUUGGCCGUUUAUACCAUAUAUUUUUAUCGGCAAGGAUAAUCUUUUCUUUGCCCAGGCAAGUUCAUUUUAUUUAUACUUUACACAUAUUGAUUUUGCGACAGCCAAUUAUUGUGCACCCGUCCGUAUCGUCCUUACACAUUUAAUGCUGCUCGCAAUCUCACACGACGUAUCCUAAAUAGUAAAAUCUGUUAGAAAUAGAUUUUGCAAAGUGUCUGUGUUAAUCUCGCCAGCGAAAUGCAAACAGAAAUAUUACAGAAUCUGCAAGCGUGUUAUGCCAACAGAUUGAUUGAAGAAAUAUUUCAUUUAAGUGGUUAUGAAAUGACGUAUUCUGCUUAGUUUCUAUCUGGUAGAACAAUGCAUUCAAAUCCUGGAAUGCUACUGUGGAUAAAUUUUCACCCAAGUGUUAAUUCAAGUUUAGUACAGUUAUUACUAUUAAAAUUUUAAUUUUAAAAUUUAAUAAGAUUUUUUAAAUUAAAAAAUAAUGCUGGUUUAAUUAUUCUAACAUCUUACAUCCUAGACAUAAAAGAGAGUAUAAAAAAAUAUUCUUAAUUAUAAGUAAAUAUUUUUAUCCAAAGCAGUGUUAAUACAAAAAAAUAUGAAUAGUAUUUCAGGAUCAAUGCAGACACAGUUGAUACCUAUCUACUGCAACCGUUCUGUUCACAUCUGUUUACAAACUGCUGAAAUUUCACUUACUAGAUGAAUAUUUAGCUUGAACGAUUUAAGUUACACCCUGCUAAUGUUUUAUUUAGCAUUGUAUAAUUUAUUUAUCUUUUCAACAAUUGUAUUUAUAAAACUUAAAUAAACCCUUUACAACGGAAGUAGUGCAAUGACGAAAAAUCUCUCUAAUUGGAAAAAUGUUAGUAAAAAGUUUUUUUACUUUGAUUUUUUACAACUCCUUUACAACUGAUUUGAUUCAUAUCUUGCCUCACUGGAGCUAAAGCAACAGCCUUACAUAUCUAUUGGCGAAAAUAAAGUUUGAAAAAGUUAAAUUAUUUCUGGGAAACUUUACAAGCAGACAGACAAAUGAUGGAUGGCCAGACCAAUACUGUAAAAUUAUAAAGUAGUAAAAAACUAUAAAGUAGUUUGCUACAUUGUGCUAUUUAAUAACUGUAAUUAGAGCUAAACAUAUAAUAAAAAUUUAUUUACUUCCUAGUUUCUCCUUAGUUCCUGUUACAAGUGUUGUAAAUAUUAUUUGUCAAUGUGGAAUGCAUUUAAUAUUGUAAUUUAAUCUACAAUUUGUUUUGGAUGUUUAAUAACGGAAAUAACGAACGACGGAGUAGAUAGCAAUCUUAAUCGUAAGAUUAGGUUCAGAAAUACCCUCCUCCGCAGCUUCGCUCAUGAUUACAGAAUUCUGAGCAUGGCGCAAGAAGAUACGAAUAAGCUAACAAGAGAAGAUUUUGACGCUGGCCCAUGCAGCUUUGAUGAGAUCGAGCCGGGUUUGUUCCUGGGUAAUCUCACGGCCGCCACAGAUGUCGACUGGCUGAAGGAAGCUGGAAUAACUCAUAUACUAACAAUAGACUCUUGUCCGUUGCCAAGAAAGAUCCAGGAACGUCUUCCCAAUUUAAUCAUAAAGUACAUUCAAAUGACGGAUAUGCCACGAGAGGAUCUGCUAACGCACUUUGAAGAUUCUUACGAAUUCAUCGACCGUGCCCUCGACUCCGAAGGCAGGGUGCUGGUUCACUGUUACUUUGGCGUGUCACGAUCCGCCACUGUUAUCAUUGCGUAUACCAUGAAGAAGCACGAACUGAGUUUUGCCGAUGCGCUCGAAAUGGUGAAGUCAAAGCGCCGCUUUGUCGCGCCGAACCCUGGCUUUAUGGCGCAGUUGCGGCUCUACGAGGAUAUGGACUGUGGCGUUGACAGUACCCAUGUACAGUUCAAGAUGUAUCGGUUGCAGAUCGCCGCCGACAAGGUGCGCAAGGCUCGUAUUCUUCCCCAGAGCUGUAUCGACUUGGUGAAGCCAGAUCCUGCGCUGACAACCGUGCGUCCUGAGCCGUCGGUCUAUCGUUGUAAGAAGUGCCGUCGCAUCGUGGCGAGUGCCAGCAACAUCUUGCCUCAUGCGCCGCGUGAGAAACAGAUCUGGCGACAUAUCAGUGCCAAGAGCGUCUCGAAGGACGGCGAGAACUGUGAUAAAUUAAUCCAGCGGAAAGACGAGUCGGCGCGAGUCGAGCUCUGCGACAAAAUCUACUUCAUAGAACCCUUGGCCUGGAUGCCUGACAUUACACACAAUGUCGAAGGCAAAUUGAAUUGCCCUAAAUGUAACACGAAACUCGGUUCGUACAGCUGGAUUGCCGGCAGCCAGUGUCCCUGCGGGAGUAAGAUUGCACCGGCUUUUUACCUGGUGCCGUCCAAGCUCGACUGGAGCAACGUUGUGCAGAACGUUCAAGUAACGGUAUAGUAUUAAGGCGUUUAAUAAGAAAUAUAUUAGAAAUAUAAAAAAAAAAGCAAUCAACCUUGGAUAAAUUUAGAAGAAAUUUUCCAAGGAUUUUAAGGUUUUCGAGAUAUCAAGGCAAUACAGAUCAGGAAGUACAUUGUGAAGAUGUUGAAAAAGCGUUGAAUACUUUUAGACGCUAUAACGUUUUGGAUGCCUCGCAGGUAUCCUUUUGAUGUUUUUUAAAUGUUUGUCUUGUUAAAUUAUAAUAUCAUUAUGGUCCAAAUGGUUGACGUAGAUAUUGAUAUUUAACCCUCGGCAGGUAAUAUACAUACAUCUUUUCACGCUGCUAAAUUUUAGGUUUAAAUCAUUCCAUGUAAAAUAUCGUCCAAAUUAAAAAAAUUUAUUAAAAAAAGAAUUUUAAUCGUAUUACUUUAUGAAUGUGAGACUUUGCAUUAUUUUCACUUCACCUGAUUCCACCCAAAUUUUGUAGCACGAAAUUCGAAAAAUGCGAACUACUUGCCGAGAGUUGAGAAAAUGCAUUUUAAGAGUGAGACAAAUAUGAUCAAUAUGUACGUCAGCCGACUAUAUAUUCUAAUCCUGUGCCAAUAUAUAUUUCGAUAUGUGUACAUAUAUACAUGUAUUUGUUACAUAUAUCUGUAUGUUGUGUACUUUUCUGAUUAUAUAUAUAUCAAUGAGAAAACAUAUUCGAAGACAUUCUCCGAUCUCAAUGUUUUUAUUGCACACGACGUUGUCUUCGUCAAUACCGUCUACAUAUAUCUAUGUAAGGCCGUAACUCCCUGUAGAAUAUCGUUUUCUGUAUAUCCUGUACUUAAAAAUUAAAAUAUUGCGAUGUUCCAA